AGGAAAUUCACUAAAGUUAACAUAAACUUUGGAAAAAGAGACCAGGCAGUAUUGAUUAUAGUUUUAGUAAAGCCUUGUUUUAUAUCCCAUUUCUAAUUGUAUUGUCAAUACUUUUGUCCAGGAAAGAGCUCUAGCCACUCUCUGCAUUCUAUAACACGUUGUAACCAAAAUCGCCACCUUUUCAUUCCAGUUGGAGCAUUCCAAGUGACUUCAUCAUCUGUCCAAAAGAACUAAUAUAAAAACCGUACACACUUAAGUGUACAUCACAUUGUUCUGAGCUUGAUCACGAAUGCACUGUGUUUUAGGUUGUGUACCACAAAGGCAAGUACAAGUCACAUUUGAAUUAAAAAAAAAUGUUUGUGCCUGUGAUGCUGCUGCAAGUUUUCCAUUGCAUCUGCGCAUGUAUGAAUUUAUGCCGUUGACAGUAAAUUUGACUGACUUUGCUUAAUUUUCAGAAAGCAUUUGAUAAAGUGCUGCAUCAAAGAUGAUCACAGAAAGUAAAAGAUUAUAGUGUAGGAGUUAACAUCUUGUUUUAGCACAAUUGUCUGGCAAACAAGAAACAGGGAAGGCAUAAAUGAGUCCCUUUCUGGGCUGGAAGAUACUGUGUAUGCCAUAGAAAGAUGCUAGUGCUUCAACCUUUUACAAUAUACAAUAUGUGUAAAUGUUAUGAUUACAGGCAUCAAAAGGUAUAGUUGGUAAAUUUGCUGAUAAUACAAAUAAAGGUCCAAAGUAAAUUUUGAAGAUGAGCUAUGGAUGCUACAAAAGUGACUGGGCAAGAUUUAGCAAAUAAAUACAAUAAGAGAAAAUGUGAAAUAUUCCAUUAAAGCAAAAAAAUAAAAUCAAAAUCAAAAUGGUGAGAAAUUGACAGAGAAAUCUGGGUAUCUGGCCACAAUUUGCAAAGGAUGUUACACAGGCAUACGUAAUGUUAUGGUUUAAUGACAAGGGAAAUUAAAACAAAAUUUAAAAAGUUAUGCUUCGACUUUAUAGGGCAUUGGUGAGUUUACAUAUAAAGGACAGUGUUCAACAUUGAUUUCCUUAUUUAAAGGAGAAUGUUAAUGUGUUAAGACUGCAAAUUUGCAAAUGUUACUCCACUCUUUAAGAAGGGGAAGAGGCAAAAGACAAGAAGUUAUAGGCCUGUUAGCCUGACCUCAGUGGUUGGGAAGAUAAUAGAGUCAAUUAUAAGGGAUGUGGUUUUGGGGUACUUGGUAGCACAUGAUAAAAUAGGUCAAAGUCCAUAAGACAUAAGAGCAGAAUUUGUCCAUUCAGCCCAUCAAGUCUGCUCCACCAUUUGAUCAUGGCUGUUUUAUUUUCCUUCUUAAUCAUAUUCUCCUCCCUUCUCCCCAUAACCUUUGAUGCCCUUACAAAACAAGGACCAAAAAAUAUACCCAAUGACUUGGCCUCCACAGCCAUCUAUGGUAAUGAAUUCUACAGAUUCACCACCCUCUGGCGAAAGAAAUUCCUCAUCCAAAGGGAUGUCCUUCUAUUCUAUUUCUGUAAAGGGAAAUCUUGCCUGACAGGUUGCUGGGACUAAGCAGAUUAAUGGUUCUACACGGAAUGCAUGGACCUACGGGCCUGUUUCUGUAUGGUAGUGUCCUAUGACUCUAAUGGGGAGAAUAUGCUUAUAUUUACUAUAACUUGACAGGAUGUGAUAGAACUAAAUCCCGAGUUGUCCUAACAUGGUGAAUCUGGAAUUAAUUCAAUUAUUUGUUUAACUCAGAUGAAGAGAAAUCGUUUCGCCAGAGGAUUCUGAAUUCGCCAGAGGAUUCUUGUCUUCUCCAAAGAGUGGUAGAAACAAAUGUCAAAUAUUUUUAAGGUAAAAGGUAUAUAAAUACUUGAUAGGCAAGGGAUGAAAAGUACCUUUGGAUAAACAGGUAUGCAAAGUUGAGGGUACAUUCAGAUUGUCUAUGGUUAAGUUGCAAAGAAAGCUUGAGAAGCCAAGUGGCCAAUUCCUGCUCGUAAUUAAUAUUUCAGCAAACUUAAAGAGGGCUAUUGCAAGUUUAAAGUAAGAAUAAUUCAAAAAUUAAGCCUCUGACAGUCAGCAUGUUGGCAGUUAUUAAUGAAUAAUAGAUCUAGAGAGGACAAGAGGCAAGUAGGAAGUGUGCAUGAGAAUCAGGAAUUUUAUAUAUGAUAUCACCUCCACAAUCUGGGGUCAAGAAUCCUGGCCAAAGAAAUGGGCAAAGAGACCAAGGGUGCAAAGGAAGAGCUUAAUGUUUUAGACUUGGAAUUCAAAGAGUUGGUGAUGUAAGGGUUGAAGCUGAGACCUCUGCAGGACUGAUCAUUCAUAAUCAAAGAGAGAUGUAGCUCAAAUAGGAUAGCAAAACUGUAGCAAGGUUGGGAACAGGAAGAAGAGAUUGGGUAAAAGGAAAAUGAAAGGGGAGAACAAUUUGGAGAUGUGUUAGAAUUCAAAAACUAUUGAAGUUUGUACUGUAUUCUUUGAUAUCUGAAUGGAAGGGAACGACAGAUCAGGAUACAAUAGAAUGAAAUAGAAUGAAUUAGUGCUGGUGCAGGAAAAGAAUCAAAAGCAUAUAUAUGAUAGCACAUGGCAUUUUAAUCUCAGACACCUUAAAACUCUGAAGUAUGAUAAACAUAAGUGGUUUGCAAAUGUCCACAGAUAUAGCUUGGAGAGUAUUCUAACUGGCUGCAUCACCCUCGGGUUUAGGAGGGGGGCUAUUACACAGGAUUAAAAGAAGCUACAGGAAGUUGUAAAAUUAGUCAGCUCCAUAAUGGGUAGUAGCUGCCAUAGUAUCCAGGACAUUUUCGAGGAACAGUGCUUCAGAAAGGUGGUGUCCAUUAUUAAGGACCCCCAACACCCAGGACGUACCCCCUUCUCAUUAUUACCAUCAGGAAGAAGGUACUGAAGCCUAAAGGCACACAGUCAGCAAUUCAGGAACAGCUUCUUCCCCUCUGCCAUCCGAUUUCCAAAUGGACAUUGAACCCAUGAACACUAUAUCACUACUUCUUUUAUAUCUAUUUUUCUACUACUUAUUUAAGUUAAACACACACACACACACACACACACACACACACACACACAGAUAUAUAUACACACACACAUACAUAAACAUACACCUAUACUGUAAUUCAGUUUCAUAUUCCUAUUAUGUAUUGCAUCCUACUGCAGCCUCAAAGUCAACAGAUUUCAUGACAUAUGCCAGAGAUACUAAACCUGAUUCUGAUCCUGGGGUUUAUUAGACUAGAUUUGGAAUAAUAUAUCUAAUCUAAUAAAUAGAAAUUAAAGUAAAUUAAGCAAAGCUGUGGUAUAAAUGCAACCCAAAGUAUCUUUGGUUGUGUUCAACCCGGUUGCAGAGCCCAUGCAACAACAUCUCCCUCACCAGCAUAUUCUCCUUUAGAGGUUUAGAUGAAGCAACAGGCUGAUAGAAGACAGAAGACAAACACAUCCUCUGUACCACAGACAAUGAAUCUAGCCAAAUCAGCAGGCAAAACUUUUUAUGCCGACCCAUAUAAUCCUUAAAAAAAGUACUAAACUCACACUACCCCAUAACUCUCCAUUUUUCUUUCAUCCAUGUGCCUGUCCAAGAGCCUCUUAAAUACCCCUAAUGUUUUAGCCUCCACCACCACCCUGGCAAGUCAUUCCAGGCAUUCACAACCCUCUGUGUAAAAAACUUACCCCUGAUAUCUCCACUAAACUUCCCUCCCUUAAUUUUGUACAUAUGUCCUCUGGUGUUUGCUGUUGGUGCUCUGGGAAACAGGUACUGACUAUCCACCCUAUCUAUGCCUCUCAUAAUCUUGUAGACCUCUAUCAGUCCCCUCUCAUUUUUCUACACUCCAAAGAGAAAAGUCCCAGCUCUGCUAACUUUGCUUCAUAUGACUUGUUCUCCAAACCAGGAAACAUCCUGGUAAAUCUCCUCUGCACCCUCUCCAUAGCUUGCACAUCCGUCCUAUAAUGAGGUGACCAGAAUUGAACACAAUACUCUAAGUGCGGUCUCACCAGAGAUUUGUAGAGUUGCAACAUGACCUCUCUACUCUUGAACUCAAUCCCCCUAUUAACGAAGGCUAACAUCCCAUAGGCCUUCUUAAGUACCCUAUCAACCUACACAACGACCUUGAGGGAUGUAUGGAUUUGAACACCAAGGUCCCUUUGUUCAUCCACACUCUUAAGUAACUGACCAUUAAUCCUGUACUCAGUCUUCUGGUUUGUCCUUCCAAAAUGCAUACCUCACACUUAUCUGGAUUGAACUCCAUCUGCUAUUUUUCUGCCCAACUCUGCAGCCUGUCUAUAUCUUCUUGUAACCUUGGACAACUUACAACUCCAUCCACAACUUCUCCAAUCAUCGUGUCAUCCGCAAACUUACUCACCCAUCCUUCUGCCUCUACAUCCAGGUCAUUUAUAAAAAUCACAAACAGCAGGGGUCCCAGGACAGAUCCCUGCAGCAUUCCACUAGUCACCGACCUCCAGGCAGAAUACUUUCCUUCCACAACAACCCUCUGUUUUCUUCCUUUAAGCCAAUUUUUUAUCCAAACAGCCAAGGUUCCACUUAUCCCAUGCCUCAUGACUUUCUGGAUGAGUCUCCCAUGAGGGACCUUGUCAAAUGCUUUGCUAAAGUCCAUGUAGACCACAUCCACUGCCCUACCCUUAUCAAUUUCUUUUGUUACCUCUUCAAAAAACUCAAUCAGGCUCAUGAGGCAUGAUCUUCCCUUCACAAAGCCAUGUUGACUAUCCAUGAGUAGACUGUACUUCUCCAAAUGUUCAUAGAUCCUAUCCUUAAGAAUCCUUUCCAGUAGUUUGCAUACCACCGACAUAAGACUCACCGGUCUAUAGUUACCAGGUUUCUCCCUACUACCUUUUUUAAACAAGGGAACUCUAUUUGCCAUUCUCCAGUCCUCCGGCAUUUUCCCUGCAGCCAAAGAGGAUUCAAAAGCUCAGAAUACAAAAGCUCAGGAUCUUUCAUUGGGUAUAAAAUUAAUGAGUACUUAGAAAGAUGAUUCAUUAGAGUAGAAUCUAGUAGAGAAAGAAUGAUUUUGAGUAAAUGGCAAACAAGAGAAAAUCUGCAGAUGCUAGAAAUCCAAGCAACAUACACAAAAUGUUGGAGGAACUCAGCAGGCCAGGCAGAAUCUAUGGAAAAAAGUACUGUCAAUGGUUCAGGCCAAGAACUGUCGACUGGCCUGCGGACGGGUCUCGGGCCGAAAAGUCAACUCCACUUUUUCCUGGCCCACAGUGUUCCUCCAGCACUUUUGUGUAUGUUGCUUAAGUAAAUGGCAAUUGGCUAAUAUAUGAAAUAUGGAUUUUUACAGGAUUUUUGCACUGACUCUAUGUAACUACAACAAAAUAGUUUACCAAUAUAACAAUUUAAUUUAAAAUGCAAGCAAAGCAAUUGCAUCUAUGGCUGAUUAAACUACUAUUAGUAGACAUCAAGCUUUUAAGGCUUCAAGUUGGGGCAGCAUCCAGGCUUUGAACUCAUUUUACAUACUAUGUGCAAUGUUGUCCAGCACAGGUAGAUGUGGUGCAGUUUGAUUUAGCAGAAUGCAGAUAAUUUAUGAAUAAAUUAUUAAUGAAGAAUAUGCAGUGAAUUUCACAUUCCUGCAUUUUCAAGAAAAAGAUUUGGCAUUGAAAGCAGUAAGAAUUAACAUAAUGUUAGAGGAAAUAAGACAACGAAUAGAUAAGAUCAAAUCACAAAAAAUGGUUUUCAUUAAAAUGAGUAUGUUGAAAAUAUUUAGAUUUCGAAAUCAUAUAGGUAGAGACUAACAGUACAUUGUAGAUUAUUGCUUUAAUCACAAAAUUUGGUUUUAGGCUGUCAACAACUUUAAGACGGAGAAUGGCAAGAUCUUAGAAAUGUGGGUUUAAUCUAGCUUCGAAGAAAAGUGGGAAGGUUUGCGCCAUCCACUUUUAUUUUGCACCACCCGUAACUACAGGGUAAUUAUUCCUAAUGUUUGCAACGCUGAGGUUGUCCUGACAUCAUAAACAAAUAUUCUGGACGAAAUGUAACAUUCGGUGUUUAACCACAAUAAAGGCAAUAAAGAAGUCCCAUAUCAACCGCUGAUCUUUGCACUCUCUUUAGCAACACUAAUCCAGUGACCAGCACAAACUGCGUCCAAUUUUUCCCGUCAAUAUGACGACCGUGCCUGGAUCUUCGAGCUUGAGCCCUCUAACUCGGUUGCUGGAGAGUUCACUCCCGGAUAAAUUAAAAAUGGGCGAGUACCAUGAUUUGUUAACUCAAUCCCUUUUAGCAACAAAUCAUGUUCAGGACUGUGCAAUCAUAGAACUGAAAAAUCUCUCUGUGAUGACAGCCUCUAUAGGAUUCAAAUUGGAUACAGAGGAAAUUCGAGCCUUCUGGAAUGCUUUCAAGCAACCAGACAUCAUUCAAGAAUAUGGCCUCUUCUUCAGAAAUGUAAAUUACAUAUGUGUCAGAGCAGAUAAGGAUUCAAUAUACAGCAAACAUAAUGAUAGGGGUCUUAUAUUUGUAAAGACUGGAAUGUAUAUAAUCUGUGCCACCUACGCAAAGGGGAUGUACCCAAGUGUAUGUGUUGAAGCUGUGGAAAAAUUAGGUGACUACUUCAAAACAAAGGGCAAAUAGUUGGAUCAAAGACUGGAUGUAUGGUGAUUCACGUGUAUCCAAAAACACACUGAAUAAGGGAAAGCAACUUGGUAAAUUAUGCUUGAUUUUCUAAGGCCCAGGCACAUCAUAGGCUUUCCUCCAUCUACCACUCUAUCAGAAACAAAGUCAAUGAAUGUUUCAUCUAAGAUAUGGAAGAUAUUGCUAAAAUCUGUAACACUUUACAUAGUAUUAGGAAACCUUUUACUUCUAGAAAUAAAUUCAAAACCUUGUAAACCUUAUAGUUUACAAGUCCUACUCCUUCACACUACUGUAACCUUCCUUUUUGUAUCCGUGUUCCUAUAUAAAUUAUGACUUACAGUGUUUGUCAUUGCUCAGAAUAACAUAGAAUAUAUAACUCUAAAAGCAAAUCUGUGCUGGAUCCUCGUCUUCCUGACCAACAGUCCACAAUCAGUAAGGAUGGGCACCUCCACCAUGAUUAUUCUCAACACAGGUGUCCUACAAAGUUGUAUUCUCAGUCUCUUACUUUCCUCACUAUAGUCUUAAAAUUGUGUGGCCAGAUCCUGCUCCAAUUCCAUCUACAAAUUUGCAGAUGUUACCAUUGUAGUGGCCUCUUAACUCAAAUGACAAUGAAUCGGAGUACUGGAAUGAGAAAGAGAGCCUAGUGACAUGGUGUCAUAACCAACAACCUUUCCAUCAAUGUCAGCAAAACAAACAAGCUGAUCAUUGACUUCAGGAAGGAGGUCAGUACAGAUGUUACUUCUGGUAUCGGUGGUGUUGAAUUUGAGACUCUAUAUAACCAUAUAACAAUUACAGCAUGGAAACAGGCCAUCUUGGCCCUUCUAGUCUGUGCCAAAUGCUUACUCUCACCUAGUCCCACCGACCUGCACUCAGCCCAUAACCCUCCAUUCCUUUCCUGUCCAUAUACCUAUCCAAUUUUUUAAAAAAUGACAAUACCAGACCUGCCUCUACCACUACUACUGGAAGCUCGUUCCACACAGCUACCACUCUCUGAGUAAAGAAUUUCACCCUCGUGUUACCCCUAAACUUCUGCCCCUUAACUCUCAACUCAUGUCCUCGUUUGAAUCUCCCCCACUCUCAAUGGAAAAAGCCUAUCCACGUCAACUCUAUCUACCCCCCUCAUAAUUUUAAAUGCCUCUAUCAAGUCCCCCCUCAACCUUCUAUGUUCCAAAGAAUAAAGGCCUAACUUGUUCAACCUUUCUCUGUAACUUAGGUGCUGAAACCCAGGUAACAUUCUAGUAAAUCGUCUCUGUACUCUCACUAUUUUGUUGACAUUUUUCCUAUAAUUCGGUGACCAGAACUGUACACAAUACUCAAAAUUCGGCCUCACCAAUGCCUUGUACAAUUUUUACAUUACAUCCCAACUAUACUCAAUGCCCUGAUUUAUAAAGGCCAGCAUACCAAAAGCUUUCUUCACCUGUCCACAUGAGAUUCCACCUUCAAGGAACUAUGCACCGUUAUUCCUAGAUCACUCUGUUCUACUGCAUUCCUCAAUGCCCUACCAUUUACCAUGUAUGUCCUAUUUUGAUUAUUCCUACCAAAAUGUAGCACCUCACACUUACCAGCAUUAAACUCCAUCUGCCAUCUUUCAGCCCACUCUUCUAGCUGGCCUAAAUCUCUCUGCAAGCUUUGAAAACCUACUUCAUUACCCACACCACCACCUAUCUUAGUAUCAUCUGCAUACUUACUAAUCCAAUUUACCACCCUAUCAUCCAGAUCAUUAAUGUAUAUGACAAACAACACUGGACCCAAUACAGAUCCCUGAGGCACACCACUAGUCACCGGCCUCCAACUUGACAAACAGUUAUCCACCACUACUCUCUGGCAUGUCCCAUCCAGUCACUGUUGAAUCCAUUUUACUACUUCAAUAUUAAUACCUAACGAUUGAACCUUCCUAACUAACCUUCCCUAUGGAACCCUGUCAAAGGCCUUGCUGCAGUCCAUAUAGACAACAUCCACGGCUUUACCCUCAACAACUUUCCUAGUAACCUCUUCAAAAAAUUCAGUAAGAUUUGUCAAACAUGACCUUCCACGCACAAAUCCAUGUUGACUGCUCCGAAUCAGACCCUGUCUAUUCAGAUAGUUAUAUAUACCAUCUCUAAGAAUACUUUCCAUUAAUUUACCCACCACUGACAUCAAACUGACAAGCCUAUAAUUGCUAGGUUUACUCUUAGAACCCUUUUUAAACUAUGGAACCACGAGCAAUACGUCAAUCCUCCAGCACCAUCCCCUUUUCUAAUGACAUUUGAAAUAUUUCUGUCAGAGCCCCUGUUAUUUCUACACUAACUUCCCUCAAGGUCCUAAGGAAUACCCUGUCAAGACCCAGAGACUUAUCCACUUUUAUAUUCUUUAAAAGCUCCAGUACUUCCUCCUCUUUAAUCAUCAUAGUUUCCAUAACUACCCUACUUGUUUCCUUUACCUUACACAAUUCAAUAUCCUUCUCCAGUUGAAAGCUUCAAGUUUCUAAGUCUGAUUAUCUCCAGUAGCCUAUCCCAGUCUAACCAGGUAGACACCACUGCCAAUAAAGCUCAUAUGUGCUUCUGCCUCUUUAAGAGGCUAAAGGAAUUUGGCAUGUCCUGUUUGACGCUAACCAAUUUUUUUUAAUCAAGGUGCCAUAGAAAUCCUAUCUCAAUGCAUCACAACUUGGUAUGACAAUUGCAACUGCAAGAAACUGUUGAGUUGUGGAUAUAGCUUAGCACAUUACAGAUAUCAGACCCAUGCAGAUAAAGUUACCAACAUAAUCAAAGACCCCACCCAUCCUGGACAUUCUGUCUUCUCCCCCCUCAUAUCAGGCAGAAGAUACAAAAGACUGAAAGCAUGUACCACCAGCAGAUUUUAUUCUUUUCCACUGGACAGAUUUCAUUCCACUGUUAUAAGACUAUUGAAUGAUUUCCUAAAAUGAUAAGAUGGACUCUUGAUCUCGCAAUCUACCUCUUGAUGGCUUUCCUCCUUUUUUUCCUGCCUGCUCUGUAACAGAAACACUUCAUUCUGCACUCUAUUGUUGUUUUUCCCAUGAAGUACCUAAAUGAACUUGUAAUGAAAUGUACAGACUGUAUGUAAGACUAGUUUUUCACUGUCUAGUUGCAUGUGACAAUAAGCAAAUUUACCAAUGUUAUUAUUCCAUUUUGUUAUUAAAAUAUUGAACAUUGUUUAUUAAAACAAUUUCA